CUUUAUAAAAGAGGAUUCAGAAAGCUGCCUGGCCCUUUUAUCACUUCUUCCAUGUGCGGACACAGUGUUCAUUCCUUCUGAGUUUUCCACAAUAUGAAGAUGCCUCAAGAAGGGCCAUCUACGGAACAGGUCUUCACCAGAUGCUAAAUUUGCUGGCACCGUGAUCUUGGACUUUCCAGUCUCCAGAAUUAUUUAGUGCCUUACCUGGUAGGUGUUGGUCUCCAGUCGGCAGAGAGGAAGUUGUUCACCAUCUCACCAUCUACAAGGAGUCAAGUAACCUCUUCAUCAACUAAACUGUUGGCACUACUUCCUGCCAUAAAAGGCCAAACUCAUCAUGCCUCGAGGUCAGAAGAGCAAGCUCCGUGCCCGUGAGAAACGCCGCCUGGCCCGUAGUGAGAACCAGAGUCUGGAGGGUGCUCAAGCCACUGCAGCAGCAGAAGAGGCUGACUCUGUGUAUUCUCUCUUUGAGGGUAUGCUCCAGAACAUGUCUGUUGCUGAGACAGAGAGCCCUCCUCAGUCACCUCAGAGAGCCCCAUACACCUCCAACACUACUGCAGCUUUUUCAGGCGCUACUCCUGAUGAAGGUGUCAGAAGUCCAACCGUGGAAAGCCUAAAUUUCUCACAAGGUACCGAGGGCAUCCGCAAAGAUCCUUUAAACAAGAAAGUGGUUUUGUUGGUGCAGUUCCUGCUGCAGAAGUAUCAAAAGAAAGAGCCAAUUACAAAGGCAGAUAUGCUAAAGUAUGUUAUCAAAAAGUACAAGGGCCACUUUGAUGAGAUCCUCAAAAGAACCUCUGAGCACUUGGAGCUGACCUUUGGUGUUGAUUUAAAGGAAGUAGAUCCCAUAAUGCAUUGCUAUACCCUUGUUAGCAAGCUAAACCUCACCUCUGAUGGAAUGAUGAGUGAAGAGAGCAUGCCCAAGACUGGCCUCCUGAUGAUUGUCCUGAGUGUGAUCUUCAUGAAAGGCAACUGUGCUCUUGAAGAGGAGAUAUGGGAAGUGUUGAAUAUGAUGGGUGUGUAUGCUGACAGAAGGCACUUCAUCUAUGGGGAACCUAGGAAGAUCAUCAAUGAAGAUCUAGUACAGCUAAAGUACCUAGAGUGUCAGCAGGUGCCCAAUAGUGAUCCUCCACGUUAUGAAUUCCUGUGGGGUCCGAGAGCCCAUGCUGAAACCACCAAGAUGAAAGUCUUGGAGUUUUUGGCCAAGAUCCAUGAUGCUGUCCCUAGUGAUUUUCCAUUGUGGUAUGAAGAGGCUUUGCGGGAAGAGGAAGAGAGAGCAAAAGCCAGAGUUGCAGCCUUGGCUCGUACUUCUGCCAUGUUCAGCAACUAAGUGAAAUCUAAGGCUAUAUUUCAAAUGUUGAAGUCUGAGGACAGGUGUUUUCUUUGUGGAAGAAGGAGGCAUCAACAUUUUAAGUAGUAGAUGGUCAGGCUGGGUAUGGAGGGUAUCUCUGAAUUUUAGCUUUCUCUCUUUUCUGAUAUUAUUUCUAACAAUAGAAGGUUUCAGUAACUUCAGAAUCUGUAUUUAUUAAUUAUAUAUGUUACACAUUUAUUGCUGUCUAAAAGGAUUAACAGUAGAUGUCUUGGUGUUUGUAAAACAAAUUGGCAAACUUUAUUUUGUAUUUAGUGAACCAGAACAAGGAAACAUAAUAGUGAAAUAGGUAUUUCCUUCAAAAUGUGAAAGGUUUUUCAGCAAAAUUUUGGAGAAGAAACAGAAUGGAAAAAAGUAAAAAAUGUUCAGUUCUUGAUUUCCUUAUCCAUUUUAUGGUGUUCUACAUAAUAAAAGCUAUUUGCAUAGAUUUACUUAGCUUACUACAAAUUUUUAAUAAAAAUAAAAUCUUUAUGAAAUAGAAUUCAUGCUCACUGGAGUAUUUCAGGCAUGGAAAGCCAAGACAUUCUGGCAAAAAAAAAGGACCUAA